CCAUCAGACAGGGGACCACAGACAUGAGGAUCCUGAUUGUGGUCCUGUUAGCUGGUGCAGUGGGCGCGACACACAAGAGAGAAGCCGAGUCGUCACCUGCUCUCCUCACCCAUGGUCCCGGAGCUCUACAGGGAGUCCCAUAUAGACAUGAUAACGUCGUGGGUCCCGUACUGAGACGUAAACUUAUUUUGAGACCUCAGUUACGAAACAGACCUCCUCCAGGACCUGUAAUACGACAUACACAUCUUCCAGGACCUGCAAUACGACAUACACCUUUUCCAGGACCUGUGAUACGACAUACAUCUCUUCCAGGACAUGUAAUACGACAUACACCUCUUCCAGGACAUGUAAUACGACAUACACCUCUUCCAGGACCUGUAAUAGGACAUACACCUCUGCCAGGACCUGCAUUAAGACUUGCACCAGUUUUAGGACCUGUGGUGAAACAUGCACCUGUCUUAAACCCUGUACCUUUACCAGUUCCUGUGUUACAUCGUGGUCCUAUUCUUGCACCGGUGAUAAAGCAUACUGGUGUCACGGGCCAUACUGUGGAGCAUAACAUUCUUCACGGUCCCGGUCAUUCGGUGAGUCUUGGCUAUGAGCAAGAAGCACAACACAAUUCAGGGCAUAUAACACAUGUCUUACAUAAUAACCACAUACAUAACUUAGGACCUCUUCCUGGACACGGUCUAGUCCCUGCUCAUGGCUUAAUAAACAGUCAUAAAGAGGCUCUGGAAUAUGGCUACCGGCAUUCACUUGGUCAGAUUCAUGGACAUCAUCAGAGAGGCGGAUUUGUACCUCCUCAGAGCCAUGCUAUCAGACAUGCCUUUGGAUUAGAGACCAAAAACGAUCUUGGUCAUGGAGUAUAUACCCGCACUCGUCCUGUUGUAGUAGCUGUUCAUCCUAAUGGUGGUAAAUCAUAUGUUACCAGCCAUGGAAUUGGCAGGCGAGAAGCUGAGCCAGAACCGAAAGCAAAAGCAGGACCAAAGGCAAAGGGAAAACCAAAGGCAGAUGCUGAUCCAUCCAACCUUGGGCUGCAUGUCGGAGUGAGUCCUGGCCAUGGCGUUGGGGUCACCACGGGAGUUCCAAGGUUCAGCGUUGAUCAAGCCAUCCAGAACGAUAUUGCAUUCAACGCAGGCCAUACCGUAGGCUUUGGAACAACACGAGGUCUCAAACUAACACACGGGACAGCUGCCGGACUACCUGCACGACAUCCCGUAAGAGGAGUACCCGUACUGGCUGCUGGACGCCAUGCAGCAGACGUUGUAGUACGAAGGCCUCAUAGAAAGUUAAAUCAUAAAUUACACAGCGUAGACAGCAAGAUCCACAGCGUCUCUCACAAAGUACAAAAAGUACACAAGAACCGGCCGCUUGCUGGCCACGACCUGCGCUCAUUAAUUCACGAGGGCGUACCUGCCGCUUUUAGUUACAAUACAGGUUUCAUUAGUCCAAGGGUAAGCCAUGAAUUGAGUCAUGACAGACAGGCAUCUGUACAUGUUGCUGGGCAUGACGUACACGCAGUAGAUCAUGGUGCACAUGUCCAUAACAACGAUGAGCAACUGGCAGGUUUUGGCAUUGGCCUCUCUUCACCUAUAGUAGGCCAUGGUGUAGGUCUUGGUGUACGUCAUGGUAGGGGUCAUGGCGGGGGUCAUGGUGUAGGUCAUGCUGUAGGUCAUGGUGUGGGUCAUGGCGUAGGUCAUGCUGUAGGUCAUGGUGGGGGUCAUGGUGUAGGUCAUGGUAUAGGCCAUGGUGUAGGUCAUAGUGUAGGUCACGGUGUAGGUCAUGGUGUAGGUCACGGUGUAGGUCAUGGUGUAGGUAAUGCUGUGGGUCAUAGUGUAGGUCAUGGUGUAGGUCAUGGUGUAGGUCAUGCUGUGGGCGUUGGUGUAGGUCAUGCUGUGGGUCAUGCUUUAGGUCAUGGUGUAGGUCAUGAUGUAGGUCAUGGUGUAGGUCAUGGUGUAGGUCAUGCUGUAGGCCAUGCUGUCGGUCAUGGUGUAGGUCAUGCUGUGGGUCAUGGUGUAGGUCAUGCUGUGGGUCAUGGUGUAGGUCAUGCUGUGAGUCAUGGUGUAGGUCAUGCUGUGGAUCAUUCUACAGGUCAUGGUGUGAGUCAUGCAGUAGGUUUAGGUGAUGGUGCAAUAGGUCAUGGCGGGGCACACAUCACAGCCUCCCCACACAGUACACCAGGCAUUAGAUUCUCAGACAACUUCCUCCACAACCCUUUCUCCUAUGGUGUACUCGACUAGUCUUCUGUCCGCCUUGUUUUGUUAAUGUCAGAUUGUAUCCUUACCUAUACUAACCGUUACUCCCAUGCUCCAAUUGUUGUUUAUAUUGUGAAUGAAUAUUUUGUUGCUUAAUGAACGUGAUAUAAGAGUAACCCUGUAAAUGAUGUUUGUAUAUAUUUUAUUCUUAAACAAAUUAUACAUAUUAAGAUGGCAAAUAUACCUUUGUUUGUAUUACCUGCUGAAGUGAAUAUAUAAUGGAUGGAGGUAAAAUAUAUGGAAGAACUUUGUAAAUAUUUAGUUGUGUUAUAUUGUGAAACUAUUUAUUUUGUCAAGUGAAGUUAUAUAAGCCGGUAGUCAUUUACAUAUAUUCAGUAAAGCAAAAUAUAAAUUCUAUAUAAUGAAUUCACUGGCGCCAACCUCACACUACUUACAUGUCUAUACUUCGUGGCGUUAAAGAGUUAUUACUGAGCUUCAACAUCUAAGGUGUUUAAGCGAACAAGUAGUUUAGUAAUUUAAUAAGUCCUUCAACAAUUAACAUGAAAGAUAUAAAUUUUUGUUUAUACUUCAAAAGGAUGCGAAUAAUGGUGCCUUAAGGACAUUUUUGCCAAAGUGUGCACCAUGUACAGCAUAUACAGGCAUGUAUACCCGAAAAACUCAUAACAUUUAUAAAAAAGGCAAUAAAUAAGUUCAACAAUAA